AUGAAAGUUUCAGAAACUUGUAGCAGUAAUAGUAAUGAAUUUAAUAAUGAGUUUGAUAAUAUUGAGGAUGGUAAUACAAAAACUUGUAGCAGUAAUGGUGACAAAUUUAAUGACGAAUUUGAGGAUAGGGAUAUAGAAAUAAGUAUUGUCAGAGAUGAAGAUAUGAAUAACAUUAUUACAAAACUGUUACAAGCAGUUCCAGAACAAAAAGCUGCAAUUAUAACAUCCAAGUUAGAAUCAUUUUGGACACCAGUAAUAAGUGCAGAUAUGAAUAAUAAUAUAAUUGAUUCAGAUAGCAACUCUGAAAAUGAAUUUGAAGUUGAGAUUGAUAAAGGUCACAAUAUGUCUCCUGAAAUGUUAGGUAAUAUUAUUAAACAAUUAGAAAAAAAAGUCAAAAAUAAUAAGCAUGGUGAGGCUAUUUUUUCUAAUCUUCUAUCAGAAGCAUGUGUUACAACUUAUCCAGGUAAAGAUAGCAAUAAAUGGUGGAACUUAGAUAAUCUUGUAAAUCAAGUAGUAAAUUAUGCAAUUCCAAUAUUUGAAGAUGCACUUUUAGCAAAGAGAAUAAAUUUAUUUUCUAGUAAAAAUCAGCCAAAAAUGAGCACCACAUAUAGAGAUAAUAUUCCACAAGAUAUGUGUUUUCCUGAGGAUUAUGAUGAUCCUAAUUUGUAUAGUAAACCAAAAGGUUUGAAAAAAGUUUUGAGUGAAAGAGGAUUGUGGCAUUUUAGAGCACAAUAUAGAAAAGUUGAAGAAGCUAUUGUUUUAGUGGGUUAUAAA